CACCAUUUAUGUUUACCUGUGGACUUAGAAAAAGUUGAGAGCGCUGUGCAUUCCCAGGCCUAUUGUGGCGUUAUUAUUAAUUUCCGACAAGUAGUGUAAUCAUUAGAAAUGAUGUGAAUAGUGAGAAGAACAAAAUGAGCCUGCAGAAGAUGUGUGAGUCAGGCCUGAUGAGCAAGCUGAGGACCAAAUGGCUAUCAGAUGGAAUCUCAACGUGUGGCAGGAAGACUAAAAAUCACAGCCAGCCUCUCUGAUGUGGCUGCAAUCUUCAUCCUCUUGAUGUGUGGUGCAGCAUUUAGCUAUCUGCUGCUGCUGCUGCUGGAGUAUGUGCCAAACUAUACAGCCAUCAUCAACACGUGCAACUUGUGGAGAAACUUUGAUGACAUUCAGGAUUCUUGGGAGUCUGUUCAGCGAAUCAUUGAUUACUAUGGAGACAAUCAAGAUGAGAUAGUUGCCAAUGCUGGGCUAGGCCACUGGAAUGAUCCUGACAUGCUUAUUAUUGGCAACUUUGGAUUGAGCUACGAACAGUCUAAGUCCCAGAUGGCAAUGCGGGCAAUCUUUGCAGCACCUCUGCUCAUGUCUGUGGAUCUGAGAACAAUCAGGCCAGAGUACAAGGCAAUCCUGCAGAAUCGUGCUGUUAUUGCUGUUAAUCAAGAUCCUCUGGGCCUGCAAGGCAAGAGAAUCUAUAAGGACAAGGGAAUUGAGAUGUCGGCCCGUCCCAUCAUGCCACUGUCUGGCAUCCACUACUCCUAUGCCAUCGCCUUCCUCAACCACCGCACAGAUGGCACACCCUCCGAGGCAAGUAUCUGCUUUUUGACGGCAUUGACCACAUAGUCGACCUCCUUUUCUGCUGAUUCUAAUAGACCCAGAACUGCACACAUGGUAAUAGUUCCUGUAUGAUUCAUAAACUCCUGAAUGACUCGGCAGUUUCUUUCUUCGUAAGUUAGUACAAGAUUUUGUUUCACAUAGCUGUAACACAAUUUAUUUAUAAAGGGAAGAGAUCUCAUUUCAGAGAUCAUUUCAGAGAGCUUGAUCUUUUUAUAGGGAAGAGUGGUAGUCUGCCUACUUGUGAUGCUUUCUUAUGUACUUUCUUAUCUAAAAGUAAUGAAAAUUAAAUGUCAUCUAAGGAAACUACAGUAAUAGAAAUUCUCACUUUCCAGUUGUGUCUUGAGUAAGUUCAGUUAAAGAACUUUGUUUGA